CUCGAGCUCCGGCGCUCUGUGACUGAGGGGAACGUCGUUGGAGGAGGAGGAAGAGGAGGAAGAAGGGGGAGAGGAGGGCGGAAAAAAAAAGGGAAAGCGGGAGAGGGUUUAGAGAGCGCCUCAGGCCGAGGCCUACACGCGGCCCUGAUGCCUUCGCGAGCAGCGUAGGCCCUGUGGUUUGUUCCCUCGUCAACCGCCCGCCCGCGCGUUACCGCCUCUUUGGGACACACGGCAUUCGGGCGACAUCAACUCCCAACGUGUGGAAAGCAUGUGGGUGAAGGCACAGCGUCCUCGGUGUUUCUUUGAUAUAACUGUCAACAAUGUGAACGUGGGAAGAGUUGUCUUUGAAUUGUUUUCAGAUGUGUGUCCAAAGACCUGUGAAAACUUCCGCUGUCUCUGCACAGGUGAAAAGGGAGGAGGCAAAUGUACCCAAAAACCUUUGCAUUAUAAAGGUUGUCUGUUUCACAGAGUUGUGAAGGAUUUUAUGAUCCAAGGAGGUGACUUCAGUGAAGGAAAUGGCCGGGGAGGUGAAUCUAUUUAUGGUGGCUUUUUUGAAGAUGAAAGCUUCUCAGUCAAACACAACAAAGAGUUCCUAUUAUCCAUGGCUAACAGAGGAAAGGAUACAAAUGGUUCACAGUUUUUCAUAACUACUAAGCCUGCACCACAUUUAGAUGGUGUACACGUGGUCUUUGGUCAAGUUAUUUCAGGCCAGGAUUUAAUAAGAGAUGUAGAAAACCAGAAAACGGAUGCUAAUAGCAAACCUUAUGCAGAAGUGCGCAUCUUAAACUGUGGAGAAUUGAUUCCUAAAGCCAAAGCCAAAAAAGACGAGAAGAAAAGGAAGAAAUCCUCCUCGUCCACUUCAAGCGACUCUGACAGUUCUAGCGACUCAGAAUCUUCCUCAGAAUCGGAAAGUGAAACAGACGGAGAUUCAAAGAAAAGAAAAAAGAAACAGCGUAAGAAAGAAUCUAAGAAACGAAAGAAAGAGAAGAAGAAAAGAAAGAAAUCUGAAAAGAAAAGCUCAUCGGAUGAGAGUGAUGCAGAAACUGCUGCUGUGCCGGCUGUUGCCACUGUCCAUCCUGAUGAAAUCCCUCUUGUGCCAGAAAACAAGUUCCUAAUGAGAAGGAGUCCCGAAAAAGAGAAGAAAAAAGAAAGAGAAAAAGAAAGUAACCCAUCAAAUUCCCAAAUGUCUACAUAUCAGCGACGACUCCUGGUAACCAGGUCAGGCAGAAAAAUUAAGGGAAGAGGACCCAGGCGCUAUCGAACACCUUCAAGAUCAAGGUCUCGGUCAAGGGAUCGGUUCAGGCGCAGUGAGACUCCACCUCAUUGGAGACAGGAGAUGCAACGAGCACAAAAAAUGAGAUUUUCAAGCGGAGAACGGUGGAUCAAAGGAGAUAAAGGUGAAGUGAAUGAGAAGAAAGAAAAUGACAACAACAAGAGCCCAGGCAGAGGAAGAGAAAGGACGGCUUCAGACUUCAAACAGGACACAGUGGAUGGUGGGAGAAGAAGCAGGGAGAGAGAUAGGAAAACAAAUCGAGAUACAGGACGAAGCCAUCGAUCUAGAAGUAAAGAGAGAGAACCGAGGAAGACGGACAAAGAUGAUAAACAUGAUAAAGAUAAAGCUAAAAAGAGGGAGAGGGAUAAGUCCAGGAGCAAAGAAAGAAAUCGAAGCAGAAGCAAAGAUAAAGAAAAGCGAGCAAAAAAUAGAAGUAAUGAGAGAGAGCAGAAACCAAGUAAAGAUAAAGAGAAGAGGGCAAAAUCCAAAAGCAAAGAUAGAGAACAUGGAAAGGAGAGAGAGAAAGAAAAGUCGGCCAAAUCAAGCAAAGAGAGGGAGCGGAGCAAAAGUAAAGAUCAAGGCAAACGUGAGAAUUCUAAGAGUAGAGAUCGAGAACAGGGUAAAGAGAGAGGGAAACAGUUUAAAUCAAAAUCUAGAAGUAUGGAUCGAGAACAGAAUAAAAGUAAGGACACAGGAAAGCAGGCCAAGUCAAAAUCCAGGAGUAAGGAUAGGGAACGCAGUAAAAGCAAAGAGAGAGGAAGGUGGGAUGAUUCCAAGUCUAGGAGUAGAGAUGGGGAACGCAGUGAAAGCAAAGAGAUGGGAAAGCGGGCCAAAUCCAAGUCUAGAAGCAGAGAUCGGCAACGCAGUAAAAGCAAGGAGAGGGGGAAGCAGGCCGAGUCCAAGUCUGGGGGCAGAGACCAGCAACGUAGUAAAAGUACAGAAAGAGGAAAGCGGGCCAAAUCCAAGUCCAGGAGCAGAGAUCGGGAGCACAGUAAAAGUAAGGAGAGAGGUAAAUGGGCCAAAUCCCGAUCUGGAAGUAGAGAUGGGGAACACAGUAAAAGCAAAGAAGGGGAAAAGCGAGCUAAAUCCAAGUCUGCCAGUAGAGAUAGGGAUUGCAGUAAAAGUAAAGAGGGGGGAAAGCGAGCUAAAUCCAGGUCUGCAAGCAGAGAUGGGGAACGCAGUAAAAGCAAAGAGAGAGGUAAGCGGGCCAAAUCCAGGUCUGCAAGCAGAGAUGGGGAACGCAGUAAAAGCAAAGAGAGAGGUAAGCGGGCCAAAUCCAGGUCUGCAAGCAGAGAUGGAGGACGCAGUAAAAGCAAAGAGAGAGGUAAGCGGGCCAAAUCCAGGUCUACAAGCAGAGGUAGGGAGCGUGGUAAAAGUAAAGAGAGAGGAAAGCGAGCAAAAUCUAGGAGUAAAGAUCGGGAACAGAGUCGAAGUAAUGAGAGAAGAAAACGGGCAAAAUCUACAAGUAAAGAUAGAGCAAAGGACAGCAGUAAAGAGAGACGAAAAUGUGUAAACUCCAGAAGCAGGGACCGGGAUCAAAGAAGCAGGGACCGGGAUCAAAAAAGCAAGGAAAGCUGUGAUAAAUCCAGCAGUAAGAAUGGGGAACAUGGCAAAGUUAGAGAUCAAGAAAAGCGAGCAAAAUCCAGGAGCAAGGAGAGGGAUAGAAGUCGAAGCAAAGAAAGUCAAAGGAACCGAGAUAAAGAACAUAAAAAGAGAGGAAGGUCGAGGAGCAGAGACAGAAGAAGAUCUCCUGAUAGAGAUAGGGAUCAGGGGUCAAAGGAAAAAACAAAAGGCUCAGAUGUUAAGUCUCAAAGUAAGGAGAAAGAGUUAAAGCAUGUUGAAAAUCAAACUUCAAAUGAGAAAAAAGAGCACAAGGAAAAAGAAAGGCGGAAAAGGCACUCCAGAAGCAGGGGUAGGGAUCACAGCAGCAGCUCUGACAGUCAGAGAGAUGAUGAAGACAGGAACAGGGAUAGAGUGAGAUGUAGAAGUCCCAGUUCAAACCGAAAAAGGGAAAGCAGUAAAAGCAGAAAGUCUGAAAAAUCUGCAACUAAAAGCAGAGAGAAUGACCAUAAUGACAAAGUUAACAACCAGAAGUCCAAUUGCAAAGAAAGAGAUCGGAGCCAUAAUAAGGAGAGGCACUGUGAUACUAGCCCCAGUUCAGAUGAUGAUAAAAGUGAAUAAAUAUGUUUUAUGGACAUGUGAUCAAUUGUUGCCAAUAAAUGUCUCUGUGAUUUAAUUUUGUUCAUAAACAUGUUUUGGACAUGUCUUUUAAACCUGGAUAUCAUUUUAGUUUUUUUUUUGACAAUCUGCAGCCUGAAAUAUUUGUACUACUGGACUUUUAAUAAAUUUGUAAAGUGGUGCAAA